AUGGGUGUGCACAGUAGGAACGCACCGGCGGGCGAUCCUGGAGGCGGCCUCGUCCGGCGGUGUCGAAGGAUUCGGUUUCGGUGCUCGGUUUCGCACUUUCGCACAGUAGGAAGGGAUGAGAAGGGAUUGGCACACCUGGCGAUCCUGCUGCGUCGCGUCGGGGCAGUGGCGGGCGAUCGUGGAGGCGGCGGCGGCCGGUGGCGUCGGGUCGGCGGCGCAACUCCGGCGUCCGGUGGCGUCAGGCCCAUCGAUGGAUCGGGAUUGAGGAGGACGGAGCCGAGGUCGCGAGGAGGAGGCCGCGGUGUCGCGAGGUCUCGUGAGGGCGUCGCACGAGGCCGAGGCGGCGGCGGCGCGAGGAGGAGGCCGCGUCAUCGCGAGGUCGCGAGGAGGAGGCUGCGGUGUCGUGGUCUCGUGAGGGCGUCGCACGAGGAGGAGGAGGAGGAGGAGGCGGCGACGCACGAGGAGUGGGCGCGACGAGACGAGACGGACGAUUCGGUCCCACCUGCCGGCGCCUUCCAACUGGAGUUGCGUUGCACGUCCACCCUGUCGAGCUCUGCUUUCUCUUCGAGGCCAAAAAGAGUACGUACCCCAUGCUCACUCAACUUAAUUAACAGGACAGAUGGUUAUGCCAACUAUUGGGUUAUACCGCAGUUCCCAGAGAUAUACUCUAUCGACAAGCUCAGUUUCAUUUUGGGCCCAAUGUCCACUGGCACUUUAAACGUGACAAUGGUAGAGCAAGAGCAGCCGCCACUGGACCUAGGCAUAUUUAAAAUACUGAUGAUCGCCAUGGGAAGUGAGAGAGAACUUAAAGAUCUGGUCUCAUGUAUUGGCAACGAACCAGAGAUCCUGAAGCUAGUUGAAGAGUUGGGUGAAGAUGUGCAUUCCGCAAUUGUGGCCGCUGUCGACUGCCAACCAAGGGAGAGAUCGUCUCCCCCGAAGACCGUAUCGUCGGUGUCAUUUACGAGCCUGGGAGCCAUAGAUGUGCAUCCCACAAAGCCAUGGAUUUUGGCGGGUGGUAACAACUAUCUUACCAUUUGGGACCAAAAUGAGGAGGCAACAGUGUUUGCAUUAGAUGUGAAUGAGGAAGGAAGCACGGUCCCAAGACUAGGGAUUGUGGCGGUUAUAUUCAUCCCUCGAAAGCAAUGUUCAACCCUAAGUUAUUUCACUGUCAAAUUUAAUCCAAACAACACGGAGACCUUUACGAGCGGCGACAGAUACUCUGGACUGAAGGUCUGGUCAAUUAAUGCUCCGAAUAAGCCCAUCACAACCAUACAACAGUAUUCUGAUACUUACAUAUUCUAUGACCAUGUUUUCACUGAGGCUAGUCAGAACCAUGUGGUUGUCGGCAAAGAUGGUCGUCUAAACAUAUGGGAUUUGCAGACAGGGACACGUGUUCACACACUCUAUGAGACUGGAAAAUAUUUUAAUACCGCAAUAGCUUGCCACCCAACACUUCCGCUAAUAGUUGCAUGUGUCUAUUCCAAGGAUUCCCCAGGCCAGCCACUUGUUCGCUUCUGGAACUCCACUAAUUACAGGAAAGAAGUGAGCCUAUCUAUUUGCAUAUGGUGUAUCAAUCAUGAAAAAUAUUUCCUUAGUGAGUUAUGGUAG